GCAGGCGCCUCCCCCGCCGCUCGGCUGCGAGGUGCCGAAUGCCCGCACCGAGCGCGACGGCAGCGGGACCGGCGGCGACAGCCCAGCGCGCGGGAUCUCGCGCAGCCAACUGACAGAAGCACUUGGAUGUCUGGAAUUCAAGAUACUUUUUUUAUGCUCUUAUGCUGAAGAAGAACAAAUAAGUACAAGAAAUUUCUCUAGUUCAUGCAAAGGUCAUACUGAAUUCUGCUUUGGAUGACUGAAAAGCCUCUUUGGUGUGGAACUGCACGAGACGUUUGGCAGUUGUCUUGAAUAAAAGUUGAGACAGAGAUGUCCUUCAUAGAUCCUUAUCAACACAUUGUGGUGGAACACCAGUACUCACACAUAUUCACCGUGACAGUAAGGAAAGCCACUAAUGUCACGAAAGGAGCCAUUGGUGACAUGCUUGACACUCCAGACCCCUAUGUGGAGCUGUUCAUCCCCUCUGCUCCCGACUGCAGGAAGAGAACUAAACAUUUUAAUAAUGAUGUGAAUCCCGUGUGGAAUGAGACCUUUGAGUUCAUUCUGGACCCCAACCAGGAGAAUGUUCUUGAGGUUACUCUGAUGGAUGCCAACUAUGUUAUGGAUGAGACUCUUGGUAUGGCUUCAUUUCCUAUAUCCUCCCUGAAACUGGGAGAGAAGAAGGAGGUCCAGUUAACUUUCAACAAUGUUACAGAAAUGACUUUGGAUCUCUCUCUUGAGGUGUGCUCUUCAACUGACCUCCGGUUCAGCAUGGCUCUGUGUGAUGAGGAGAAGAAAUUCCGGCAGCAGCGGAAGGAUAAUAUCAUGCAGAGUAUGAAGUCAUUCCUAGGAGAGGAAAACAGCAAGAACUUGACCACUUCCCGUGACGUAAGUGUGGAGAAUCCACGUAAAAAUAAAUGCCCCUCAGCAAGUGAACAAGAGUCUUUGACUCUUACAGAGCCUGUUCUCCAUUGCAGGUACAUGUCAACUUUAUAUUCCCACCCGGAUUUUCCAGAAAAAGGACCAAAGGAGAUUAAUGAAGAAUUGAUGAACUCCGUGAGUCACAACCCACUUCUGCUGCUCACUCCUCAGAAGGUGAAACGCUACAUUGAAGCACUGUGGAAUAAGAAAAGCUCAGGGCAGCCAGUCACCUUCACUGAUAUCUUUGGAAUGCUAAUAGGUGAAACUCUUAUUCAUAAUAGGAUGGACACCACUCUGAGUGACAUGAAGGAGAAAGUCAAUGAAGCACAGUGUGCUCUUCCACUCUUUACAUGUCUCCAUGUCAAACCAGAUGUCUCAGAGCUUAUGUUUGCAGACUGGGUGGAAUUCAGUCCAUAUGAGAUUGGUAUGGCAAAGUACGGCACUUUUAUGUCACCUGAUUUGUUUGGAAGCAAAUUUUUUAUGGGAACAGUGGUGAAGAAGUACAGUGAAAAUCCUUUGCAUUUCUUAAUGGGUGUCUGGGGCAGUGCAUUUUCUAUAUUAUUUAACAGAGUGCUCGGCGUCUCCAACUCUCAAAAUAAAGGUCCCACCAUGGAAGAAGAACUAGAAAACAUUAGGCUAAAGCACCUUGUAAGUAAUGACAGCUCAGAUAGUGAAGAUGAAUCACAGCAUCCAAAAGGCACUGAAAAUUCAGAGGCAAAUGAAGAGUAUCAGAACAGCAGCCAAGAAAGCUGGGUGCAGCGAAUGCUGAUGGCUUUGGUGGGUGAUAGUGCCCUUUUCAAUACCAGGGAAGGGCGUGCUGGGAAAGUGCACAACUUCAUGCUGGGAUUGAACCUCAACAGCUGUUACCCACUGUCUCCUCUGGCAGACCUUAUGACUCAGGAAUCUGUGGAGGAAGACGAACUAGAUGCAGCUGUGGCAGAUCCAGAUGAAUUUGAGAGGAUAUAUGAGCCACUAGAUGUGAAGAGCAAGAAGAUUCACAUUGUGGACAGUGGUCUUACAUUUAACCUUCCAUAUCCACUUAUCCUAAGACCUCAAAGAGGAGUUGAUCUCAUCAUCUCUUUUGAUUUUUCAGCAAGGCCAAGUGAUUCCAGUCCUCCUUUCAAAGAAAUUUUACUUGCUGAAAAAUGGGCCAAAAUGAACAAGCUUCCUUUCCCAAAAAUAGAUCCAAAUGUAUUUGAUCGAGAGGGCUUGAAGGAAUGCUAUGUUUUUAAACCAAAGGAUACCUCUUCAGAGAAGGAUUGCCCAACCAUAAUCCAUUUUGUACUGGCAAACAUCAACUUCCGGAAGUACAAAGCUCCAGGUGUUCCAAGAGAGACAAAGGAAGACAAGGAUUUUGCCGACUUUGACAUUUUUGAUGAUCCAAAUACACCAUUCUCUACCUUCAACUUCCAGUAUCCCAAUGAGGCUUUCAAGAGGCUUCAUGAUUUAAUGGAGUUCAACACCCUCAAUAACUUAGAUGUGAUCAAGCAGGCUAUGAUGGAAAGCAUUGAAUACAGAAAGGAAAAUCCGUCUCGCUGCUCUGUGUCACUUAGCAGUGUUGAAGCAAGGAGAUUCUUCAACAAGAACAAUCAUAACAACAGCCACACGUAGAGAAUGUGUCACAGGUCCGCUGCUUCAAGAAACUGAUUCUAUCUUUAUAACUGGAUUCACAAAGACAGUCUGAAAGCAUCACUGCUCUUGAAAAAUAGGGCUGUGCACAACUCCGGAAAACAUUUUCCUGUGAAUUUUCAAUAUUAUUUUGUAUCUCCUUUUUUUUUUUUUUUUUUUUUUUUUAAACAUUCAAAGCAUUUCAGUAUAUUGAUAUCCUUAUUUUAACAGCUAUGUACUUAGGUUGUUACAACUACAAAGUCACCGAGUUCAUUGUCUUUAUUUUUUAUCUUAGGAAAGUGUAAACACUGGUCUCUCUUAGUCGGACAAUUGUCUCAUUUUUAAUUAAUAUAAACUGGCAUCUCCUGAAAUGUGAGAUGGAAUUAGAAACACAAUAGAAUAAAAGUUUACUAGCAGAGAUAAUACAGAUGCAUUCCUUACCAUGGGCCCUGAUUCCAUUUAGCUUGCAUCAGAGAGAUUUCCUUCAGCUUUACUUUGAAAAGUUAUUAAUUGCUACUACUAUUCAGUGCAUUUCUCUUGAAUGUAAAUCAGUUCAAUGUAAGUCAAUGUAAGGUUGUUUGUUAUCUCUGUUAAGAUUGGUUUCUUAUACUGGAAGGGGUUUUGUUUUCCCAUAACCAUUGGCUGUAUUGACCUAACCAAGACGCCAUCAUCAAGCUGUGUUUCAUGUGUUGCUUGUCUUGACUGAGUGGUAAACAACAAACACUUGGUAACAAACGCCUAUCAAAAAAUGAGAUCUAUACAACUUUGAGGUUACAAGUAGGGUCUUCAGCUGGUUGUUAAUGUCAGUAGAGGUUUUGUAACUGUUAUUAAAAAGGACCUACUCUCGAAUCUUCGAGUUGCAAAUGUGUUCACAAAAAGUCUGCUUUGCUGACAUUUAAGAAUGUUACGAAUCCAUCAAGCAAAAAAACUCAAAACAAAACAAACAAAAAGAGCAACAAAAAACCCCCUGCCUUUUUUCAUUUCCUUUUUUUUCUUUUGUUCCACAAAAUUACAUUGCUUGAGGUUUUUUUUAGCUGGUAGCACCUGUGUGUUAUGUAGUUGUUAGUUCACAUAUUUCUACACAAAAUGUUUCCAGAUAAAUUAAAAAUGAUUUUCCAUUUGGUCGUGAUUAAAAACAUAAUAUUUCUGCAAGGGAACAGUGGCAGUGUUUACUAGGGAUAAAUAAAAUGUUCCUUGGUAAGAAUGUGAAGUAGUUAAUUUGCUAAGGGCUGUUUCUUCAAGUCUAUUUUUAGUACUUUCAAUAAUGAAAGACUGCAAGUUAGACAUAGAUUACUUUAAUACUGUCUGAGUAAGUGAUGGAACUCUUCAUAGUAAUCGUAGUUAAAGAGCAAAUAUAGAGAAAAAUACACUCACACUUAGAACCCAUCCAACCUCCUCUGAAAUAAUGCAAUCAGCUUGUAUGUGACAUAGAAAAGAGCAGAAGGAGCUGACAGAGGCACUGGGUGGCACAUAUGGGAGCAAGAUGUGAGAGCUGAACAUCUGGGGAGUGCUUAAUUGGCUUCUCUUCAUAAGUUCAUAAGUUAAUUCUGUGGGAUUAACGCUCAGCUGUACCUGGCAGUCCCAGCAAUUGUUUGUCAUCUGUUCUCUUGUGGAGUUUGGAGAAGGUGGCGGGGACUGAACAGUGUCAUUAAAGGUGACUGUCUCUGAGAGCCAGUGAAGAACAUAAAAAGAUAUUUGUAGAGAUUUGGACAAAAACCAUCCUCAGCAAUGCUGUGAGUUGCUUGAUCAGCAGCAGAUGGAGAAGGAAAACACUCUUUAGGAAUUUCACUGUAGUGAAAACAAGGCAUGUAAUUAAAAUUGUUUGCAGGAGUGUGGUCAGAAGCACAAGUGUUUCCUUGCAAAAGCUGUAAGGGAAAUUUUGGUCUGAAGAUUUCUGUUGAUACUAACAGACACUCUUAUCAUUCUGAGAGGGCCUUCAGUACCCUAGCAGACACAGAGGCAAUGGUCAUGAGGAAUAGUAUCACUUUGAGUAAAGACUAUUUGAAGCAAGUCUGACCUUGUUUGGUAGUCAAAACAACUUUUACAGUAAUGGCUCAUUUAUCACAAUUCGUGCUAAUUCAGUGACUGCUCAUUUUAUUGAGAAUAACUGAGAAAUUUUUUAAUUGCUAAAGUCUCUAAGCCUGUAGGAAGGGAAGUAAUUAUAAUGUGUAAUAGGUACUGCAUCAUCCCUCCUUAAAUCUGCAUGCAAUGCUUGGUGAUUAAUAACAUUUUCUGCAUCAAUUAAGGUUUUGUUUCUGUUUGAGUUAAUGCAUGUUUAAAAUCAAGAACAAGAAUAAAAGUAACUUGUCUUAGUGCUGCAUAAUUUAAAUAUUUUUUCCAAUAAAUUUUACAGUACGUGAAGAAAAUGGUACAGUGAUUUUAUUGUAAUAUUUCCUUUGUAUUUUUUCCUUCUGUUAACAUGAUAAUUUUUAUAUUUUGUAUUUUAUAGUAUGUACUUUCUAUAUUUUAUGGCAGAGUUUUAUCAUGCGUGAUACAGUUUAUGUUAUUGCAGUGUUAUCAGACAAAAAGUAACACUUCUUGUGUCUGCUGUUUUGACUUUGAUCAUUUAUGUGGUGUUUUCACUUUACUUUUUGGUGAAGGCUGUGGAACAGCUCUGUAUCUGGAAGCUCUCGUGCUCACGUGCAAGAAAUUCAAGGCUUUGCUUGUUAAGCCCCAAAUAGCUGCUGGUUUGUUGCUUCUGUUUUCUGAAACCUGAGAGCACCCUCACCUUCAGGUACUUCACAAACACAAGGGCAUUGUUUUCUCAUUGGGGAUCAUGUUGUCUGUCUGCAAGGAUAGUGGUUUCUCUGCUGAACCUGAAGUCAACAGAACAAAACCUUGUUCCAGCAUUUUCAAACAUUUGAAAUGUCUUUGACUGCCCAGAAGCUCAUUGCCAAGUUCAUAAUUGUAAUUUCACAGCAGUCUCAAUAAAAGCUCUUUGAAUUUUAUGCAUAUAAA